CAGAGCAGGCUGCAGUUCUGGAUGGAGGUCCCGGAGGACGAGGAAGCUCCAGGGCAGCUCGGGGGCGACGUGGAGAGGCAGCGUCACUGGUCCAGGUCCGAGGCCCGGUUCUGGUUCGUGUCCUUGUUCUGCGGGACCUGCCUCCUCUACUGCGCCAGGAUGGCCAUGCCGGUCUGUGCCGUCUCCAUGGCAACCGCGUUCCACUGGUCCAAGAUUGACACCGGGCUGGUUUUGGGCGGGUUCUUCUGGGGCUACUGCUUCACACAGAUAUUAGGGGGACACGCCAGCGACAAAGUCGGGGGAGAGAGAGUGCUGGUGCUCUCUGCGGCCUUGUGGUCGACGGUCACCAUGGUGACGCCUCUGCUGUCGCGGCUCAGCUCUCACUCCGUCCUCUCGAUGACCCUGGCCAGGUUCUUGAUGGGGCUGCUGCAAGGGGUCUUCUUCCCAUCUCUGGCCAGCUUGUGUUCUCAGAGAGUCCUGGAAGCCGAGCGCGGGAGUCUGAUGAGCGCCAUCCACAGUGGGACGUACCUGGGCACCCUGCUCGCCGGGGGCCUGGGCUCCGUGCUGCUGGAGCUCUACAGCUGGGAGCUCCUGUUCUACAGUGUCGGCGCCAUGUCAGGCCUCUGGGCGCUCGUGGUCUCCAACUUCCUGCUGAGAGAUGAGAAGGUUGUGGUCCAGAAGAAGCCCCAGGGGACCAUGUCCAGGACUCGCUGGCUGAGUCUCUGCCAGAAACCGUCUGUCUGGUCCCUGGUCCUGGCUCACACCUGCAUGUCUAGCUCCUCCUACAUGCUGCUGUCGUGGUUGCCCACCUACUUUGACGAAACCUUCCCCAUGGAGAGCGGUUCCAUCUACAACGUGGUCCCCUGGCUGGUGGCCAUCCCCGUGGUGCUGUGUUCCGGGUGGAUGUCCGGUGUCCUCCUCAGCAGAGGACACAGCCUCUCCACCGUCAGGAAGGUGAUGCAGUUCAUAGCCAUGGCCGUGUCCAGUCUGUUCCUGGUGCUGCUGUCCGGCACCACUUCCAUCACCGCCGCCGUCACUUACGUGACCAUCGCAGUGAGCGCCUCCACCUUCUCCAGCUGUGGGACAUCCGUCAACGUUCAGGACCUGACUCCCUCGUGUGCUGGCGCCCUCUAUGGGUUCAUGAACAUGCUGGGAGCCUUCAUGGGGCUGCUGACCGUCUCCUUCUCCGGUUACCUGAUAGAGGUCACGUCGUCAUGGGCCAUGGUCUUCUCCCUCAUCACCCUCAUCAACACCGUGGGACUCGGGAUCUUCCUGGUCUUUGGAGACACUCGCCGUGUUGACCUGGACCUUCACAGCACGGUCGACGUCUGAAGGCUUCGCAGUCACCGACUGCUCCGACGCGCUCCAGGCAAUCUGUUGGAGAUAUACAGAAAUUCACAGUCCAAAG